AUGUAUCAACCACGCGGAAAAACCCUCAGCGCCCUGAUCAGCGCCGCCUGCAGCAUGGGCUUCCUGCUGUUUGGCUACGACCAAGGCGUGAUGGGAGGGAUCAUCGAUUCCAGCUCCUUUGUCAAGCAGUUCAACCAUCCAUCGGCCCUCCAACAAGGCCUGAUCACCGGCUUAUACGACAUCGGCUGUCUCUUCGGUUCCAUCGGCACCUUCAUCUUCGGCGAGAAACUGGGGCGUCGACGAUCAAUUUACAUCGGCUGUGUGAUUGUGAUUGUCGGGACAAUCCUCCAGGCAACAUCCCGAACCAUCCCGAACCUGAUGGUGGGAAGAAUCGUCACCGGCUGCGGAGUGGGAAUCAUGACUUCCAUCGUGCCUACCUGGCAAAGCGAAGUCUCUGGCGCCGAGAAUCGAGGCUCCUACCUGACGAUCCAGAGCGGCAACAUCAACACCGGCUUCGUGCUGUCCAACUGGCUCACGCUGGGCGCCUCGUACGCCUCCUCGCAGUUCCAGUGGACCUUCCCCAUCGCCGUGCAGGUCCUAUUCGCCCUCUAUCUCCUGGCGACCGUGCCCUUCCUGGUCGAGUCGCCGCGCUGGGUGGCACACCAUCGCUCGCUCGACGAGGCGACUCUCAUCAUCGCCCGGCUGCACGACCGGCCGGUCGACGACCCCCUCGUCCUGCAGAUCCGCGAGGAGAUCCGACACGCCCUGGAAGACGAGCAGGAGAGUGCCUCGUGGGCUGAUCUCUUCCGCAACGGCGGGCAGCAGAACUGUCGCCGCAUGCUGCUUGGGUUUGGGGUGCUCUACAUGCAGCAGCUGACAGGAAUCAAUUCUAUCGCGUAUUAUUUCCCCGUCGUCUUGACCGAAUAUCUCCCCCUCAGCGAAACAAUGGCCCAUGUCGUCGCCGCCAUCGCCGCCACGCAGUAUCUGCUCUUCUCCUUUGCGCCGCUGCUCUUCAUCGAACGGCUGGGCCGUCGCACGAUCCUGAUCUCGGGCGCCGCAGCCUUGAUGGUCCUCUCGGCGCUCAUCGCCGUCGGCUUCAACAUCCCCGGUCGGGGGGGGGCCAUCAUGACGGUGGUCAUGUACUGUCUCUUCUACGAUGCGUUUGCCAUGAGUUAUCUGAACGUCCCGUGGAUGUAUGCUCCGGAAAUCAAUUCCCUCCGGAUGCGGUCCAAAGGAGGCGCCAUUGCCUCGGCGUCGAACUGGCUGUUCAACGGGAUCGUCGUCACCAUCACUCCGUCGAGUCUUGCUUCCAUCGGCUGGAAAUACUACAUUGUUUGGGCCGUAUUCAACGCCUCCUUCAUCCCGAUAGUCUACUUCCUCUACCCCGAGGUCCGCGGCCUGUCUCUCGAGCAGAUCGACCAUAUCUUCGAAGGAAAAGGCCACGGCUGGUCGUGUCUGACGCAGGGAGUGCGUGAGAGCGUGCAUGUCCUCGAUGGGGAGGAGUAUCUGCACGGCCGCAGUGAGAGUGACAGUUGCAAGGAGUUGAAUGGUUAG